CCCGCCCACCGGCGCCCGCUCCCACUCGGGUCCGCUGCGCCCGCGGCAGCGCUCCGCCGCGCGCCAUGGCCGGGCUGCUGGCGCUGCUGGGCCCCGCGGGCCGGGUGGGCGCCCGGGUCCGGCCUCGCGCUCCCUGGCCCCUGGGCGUCGCUACUCCCUACGCGCCGCCGCCCCUGUUACUGCCGCGGCUCCGGCCCGGGCCCGGCGCCCCGCUGCUGCGUGCGGCCCGCGGGCACAGCCGGGGCCACCAGGAGCCCAGCCGAAUCCCUGCGACGACCGGCAGGGACGGCGGCAGCACAGAGGAGAAAAAGCAAAGCAAGUCCCAGCAGCUGAGAAAGAUUUUUCAGGAGUAUGGUGCCGUCGGCGUGUCGCUGCACAUCGGAGUCUCCUUAAUCUCCUUGGGCGUCUUCUACACGGUCGUCUCAAGCGGUGUGGACAUGUCUGCAGUCCUGCUUAAGCUCGGAUUCAAGGAGUCGCUGGUACAGUCGAAGAUGGCGGCGGGCACAAGCACCUUCGUGGUGGCCUACGCCAUCCACAAGCUGUUUGCACCCGUGAGAAUCAGCAUCACCCUGGUCUCCGUGCCCUUCAUCGUCAGAUAUUUUCGCAGAGUGGGACUUUUUAAACCUCCAGCUGCAAAGCCUUGAUGAACUCUUCAAUUGUGGGCCUAAAAACCUAGUUCUCUAAAUAGAAUUUGGGGCUAGUCUUAGGAUAUAGCUUUUUGGGGGUAGGGGGGGCCGGAAACGAAUUGCUAUGUUCUCAUGAGUAAGUUUUACCUUUCCCAGCAAAAUUCAGGGUUUUUUAAAAAAAAUAAUUAUAAUUAUUUUGCUUCACAAAUGUAAAUGCUAAUCAUCCCGGGGCUUGGAUACCUCAUCUAAAAUGUCAGCAAAACAUCACAAAUCGAGCUCCAACAAAUUUGUCGUCUCCAACAAAUUCCUUCUGGAAGAUUGUUGGUGAGGUUCUCGUCUGCAGAAGCCCCAGGGGCCCGUCUCUGCUCUACUUCGUAAAGGGCAGCGAUUCAUUAAGCUGGUUUUAAAAAGUCCCCUUUCUCCAAUAUCUGCUCUCAGGCUGCCUGUGGUUUAAUAUGCAAUAUUCUGCAAAAUGGCUGCCAGGGCCACGAUUAGUGAAGCAGGAUUUAAGCCUUCCCAGUAUGUAAUGAGGAUCUAAAU